AUGAACAUGACCAAGUGAUGACUAUUAGAAAGGGAAAAAACGCACAGCAAUGACAGACUUUUGUGCCAUGUCAAUAUCAAGUCAUCUUCAAAGAUCCAAAUCCAAUAAAAUAGCUUGAUCGAUAAGUUAAAUGUAAACACCCAACAAAACCGCAAAAAAGAAAGACGAAAACUGUGGAAAACACAAGAAGUGCAAAACAAAAAUCUAGCGGAUUCCUUUUCGUUUUUCGGCUUUAAAAUUUAUCAGUUGGUUAGCUCAUGCAAAAUGGACAACCUAUAAAUUUAGGUAGGUAAAGCCAAGCUUCUAAAAUCAAAUUCCCCGUCCUAAAAUAUAUAAUAUAAAAAAAGCUCAGGAGAAAAAGCUAGCAACCUUGCACGAUUCCUAACAUAAGUGCUAACACAAGUAGUUGUUCUAGUCCAGCAUCAUGGCAGUGGUUGAAGAAAAAGGCCCUGCAAGUUGGAAACGAGAUUACACUCAAGAUGGUACAGUAGACCUAAAAGGUAGACCUGUUUUAAGAUCAAAGACUGGACAGUGGAAAGCUUGUUCCUUCAUAGUAGGGUAUGAAGUGUUUGAAAGAAUGGCUUACUACGGCAUAGCAUCAAACUUAGUGAUUUAUCUAACAAAUAGGCUCCAUGAGGGUACUGUAAAAUCUUCAAACAACGUUAGCAAUUGGGCAGGUUCGGUGUGGAUGAUGCCACUUGUAGGAGCUUACAUAGCUGAUGCUUAUCUUGGCCGUUAUCGGACCUUUGUAAUUGCAUCAUGCAUUUACCUCUUGGUGUUAUUGUUCACACAUGGAUUUCAAGGAAUGUGUUUGUUAACUUUAGCAGUUUCAGUACCGUCUUUGAGGCCACCCCAAUGUGCAGAAGGAGUUGCAGACCAAAAUUGCCCCAAGGCAUCACCAUUGCAAAGGGGUAUUUUCUUCCUUGCCUUGUACGUCAUUGCUGCAGGAACAGGGGGAACAAAGGCCAACAUUUCAACUAUGGGAGCAGACCAAUUUGACGAGUUUGAGCCCAAAGAGAGGUCUUAUAAGCUUUCCUUCUUCAAUUGGUGGUUUUUUAGUAUUUUCAUUGGUACCCUUUUCUCCAACACUUUCUUAGUUUACAUACAAGACAAUGUGGGCUGGGCUAUAGGAUAUGGCCUUCCUACGAUUGGGCUUGCCAUUUCGGUAAUGGUGUUUCUCGUAGGAACUCCACUAUAUAGGCAUAAAUUACCCUCAGGUAGCCCUAUAACCAAGAUGCUCCAAGUCUUUGUGGCAGCUAUCAGAAAGUGGAACGCUUUUGUCCCAGAAGAUCCAAACGAGCUACACGACUUAAGUAUAGAAGAGUAUGCAUACAAUGGGAGAAACAAAAUUGAUCACAGUUCUUCCUUGAGUUUCCUUGACAAAGCAGCUACAAAGACUGGUCAGACUUCACCAUGGAUGCUCUGUACAGUGACACAAGUUGAGGAAACCAAGCAAAUGACAAAAAUGAUUCCUAUUUUGGUUACAACAAUUUUACCAAGCACCUUGGUAGUCCAAGCAACAACACUUUUCAUCAAACAAGGCACCACGCUAGACAGGAGAAUGGGACCGCAUUUUAAUAUUCCUCCAGCAUGUCUCACAGCAUUUAUAACUAUCUUCAUGCUAAUAAGCAUUGUAGUGUAUGACCUUGUUUUUGUGCCCUUGAUCCGACGAUACACAAAAAACCCCAGAGGGAUCACAAUGCUUCAGAGACUAGGAAUUGGCCUAGUGCUGCACAUAGUAAUAAUGGUCACUGCAUGCUUGGCUGAGAGGAAGAGACUCAGUGUUGCAAGAGAAAACCAUCUCUUUGGCCGACAUGAUACAAUUCCUCUUUCUAUAUUUAUUCUCCUCCCUCAAUUUGCCUUGGCAGGGGUUGCUGAUAACUUUGUCGAAAUUGCCAAGUUAGAGUUCUUCUAUGAUCAAGCACCAGAAGGCAUGAAAAGUCUCGGAACAUCAUAUUUCACAACCAGCUUGGGUUUAGGAAGUUUUCUAAGUACUUUCCUUCUUUCAAUUAUUGCUAAUAUCACCCAAAGGCAUGGUCACAAAGGUUGGGUUUUGGAUAACCUAAAUAUCUCCCAUUUAGAUUAUUAUUACUUAUUCAUGUCAGUACUAAGUUUAAUCAACUUCCUUUGCUUUGUGUUUGUUGCCAAGUCCUUUGUAUAUAAUGUUGAUGUAAAACAAAACAAAUCAGGUUUGGAGAUGAACCCAGCUUCAUCUUAGAAAAUGCUAGAAUAAGCCAAAGAAGGCCACUACCAGAUGUCAAGUUCUAGGAAAACAUGACCUUAUUCCUUCUACUCUCCUUUCAGGAAAUAAAUAGCUUUAGAUUUGUCUACCCGUGAUUCCUCUCUUCGUCGCACCAUUCCCACUUACGUGCUUAAAGCUGAAUGCAGUGGUUUUUCUUGUUUGGAAACAUUGACAUUGUCAUAGACAGUUUCACAUAAUGAUAAGGCACCUCUGCUAAGAAAAACUGCCAAUAUCUUUCAUUGCACAGAAUAAUAAGCUUAUCAGUUGCACUUAAGUACUUUCGGCCAUUAUAUGCUAAAAAGACAACCAUUUGCUAGAAUAUCUUGGAUGUAUGUAAUUCAAUUACUUAUGGAUGACAAAAGUGUGACACCCUUAACCACAAACUAUUAUUAUUGUAGAAAGUUUAGUAUGUAAUAAAAAUAUGAGUUUUCAAAAACGUUUUGCAUUUAUCACGGUGUCACAUUUAGUGGUAUUAGAGUCUGGUUUGUCCAUCAGACCAAUGAGUUAUGCUAUGUGUUUGUUGUUGUUCUGCCUAAUUUGUUAUUCGUGUGCAAUUGCUUGACAUUGUGUGAAAUUGUCUAAUGUUUGUGUGUUAUAUAUCACGUAGUCGUGUGAAAUUGUUAUAAAACUAUAUGAAUUGUUUAAAACUUUGUGAGUCAUUUUCUAUUUGUUUGUUUCAAUUUUACUAUGGUGAUGUUUAACCAAUUUUAAAUUGGCUAAGAUCACAGAAUUAUAGGACAGGGAUAUUGUAAUAAGGAACUGUCCAAGGUAUUGAUACUCAACCUUAACACGUUUUACAGUUGAUUAAGAGUAGUCAUUUCUUCAUGUGCCUAAUACUGUUUAUAUUUUCCAGUGUUUGUGAGUCUUGUUAGAGCCUUAUUUGCUACAUUUGAGAUGUGUUUUUUAGUUGUUACUUGGUAAGAAUUUCUUAAAAAGAGUAAAUAAUUAAAUUAAAAUUGUCAAGUUAAUAUAGUAGUUGGAUGGGUAGUCAUACUCAUUACUAAAUAGUAUGAAGUGAGGCUUAGAUGAGUUUGGUUAGAAAUGGAACAGAUUCUAAAGUUAAUAGUUGAGUGGCUUAAUGGAUUGUGCGUAGAGUUAUUUCUAGUUGUGAUUUGGAAAGUUUAGUAAUGAAAAAAAGCAGGAAAAUAGAAGGAAAAAUAAGUAAACCACCAAGAAUGAAGAAUCAAUUCUGAGAAUUCUUCAAGUCGAGCAGGGGAAAAAAUAAGUAUAGGAUCUAAUUAAUUUUGGGUAAGAAACUUCUCAUGAUCUCAUCUCAAAAUGUUCAGGAUCUAGUUAAUUCAAAACAUUAACAACCAAGAUAGCUAGUAUAUUCCAUUCUAAGUCAUAGUACAUAUAAAGUGAAAGCAAACAAACCCAAAGUCAGUUCAUAACUACUUGAUUUUACACAAGUAGCUUAGAAACAAAAACAAUAAUAUCAUCUAACACAUUCUUUCAGACAAAGUUUACACGAGUUCCAUUAAUUAAUGACUCAUAUCAAAUAAAAAGUAAAACCAGCAUAAUCUAAUAAAGUCCACCUGAAUCUCAUUAAAUAUCAGUGUUAGCAUCCUAAAAUAUCUUGAACACCAGAAGAAAUGAAUUCUAAUUGUCAAAACUGUGAUUCCCCUUAGUAUUUUAGGCAGUUUUAUAUUUAUUGUAUUUCUGUAACAGUUUUAUAUUUAUUGUACUUCUGUAACAGUUGUAUCUUGUUAUUAUUAGGUUUAUGUAUUUAGGAUCAAUCCCAUAAUGACAGGGAUCUGUUUUCCCUGGCUCAUGUAUAUAUAUAUAGGUCCAGUGACCUCAUAAUAAAAUAUGAAAAGAAUAUUAUUCCUUCUAAA